ACCAAUUAAAUUUGUAGUAAAAAUGUAAACUUUGUUAAUAGUUAAUUUUCUGUUAUUAGAAGUUUAUGUAUGUCAAAAAAAGGAAUGAUGGUACUAACUCGUGGUAUCACUAAAAAAAACGUCAUGUAUUUUGAAUUUGGAAAUAUUGGGCAAUAAGAGCUUAAGUAUCCCAUCUUCCCCUACUCUACUAUACAUAUAAGGAGCGCGAUUGACCUUUAUACGUAUAUUAUGUUUGUCCACAUAACAAUUCUGUAUUUAAAGCAUUAGAUGUGUAUCAUCGGUAAACAGCUUAAAAUAAUUAAAAGAACAAAAGGCAACUGUUCAUUCAUUAAUUACGUUAUUGAUUCUGUGAUAAGAAUAAGACUACGAUUGAAAAGGGAUAAAUAUGGAUGGAUUUUUCUUUGAAAACGCUAUGGAAAAGGCAGGAUUGCAGCCUUGGUGGGAAAAGGUGCGACAAUAUUUUGCCAAGCUGAUGGUAGUUGUUUCUGUUUACGUUAUCACGUCAGUUAAAUAUGAUGAAGUGAGAUGUGUUCCAUUUUCCAUGAACACAACCACAGGCAUACCGGACGGAACUCGUGGAUACGGACCAGCACAAGCGGCUUUUGUUAAUGCACAAUGUGCUGCGGUACUACCGGUGUUUUUUCGAAUAUUUGGUAUCUUAUUAGUCGGAUAUUCGGCAUAUGGGUUUUUAAUCGAUAGCUACUGGUUGAUGAACCCUACGGUUAUAAAUGCAAUCAACGAGGCAAAACUGGCUAUAAGUGAAAACAAGGAAUUCAAGACAGAGGUUCGGGCGAUGAGACUAUACCUUAAGAGAUCAUGUUGCCUGAUAAUUUACUUAAUAGCAUUUGCUACUAUUGUUAUCGUGGAACUUAUCAUCCACCUUAACAUAUUCAAUUUUGAAUGUUCGAUUGCACAGAAAAUUUCUCACAGCAUUGCUGGUCAAUACUCAUGUAAUUUUCCGAACAAAGAAUUGGUUGAAUUUAUUGCAGUUGGAAUGAUUUUAAUUUUAUCUUGUCAAUUUGUCAUAGUGCAAAAAGUGUGUAUCAUAUUAUUAUAUUUAUAUUGUAAAAAACACAUUUAGUGGAAAAAAAUGCUAAUUUACAUUUAUUAGGUUUUAAUCAUAGUAAAAAAGCAAAUUUCAAAGUGAUUUGCUAACAUGCACUACAAUAUAGG